AAUACGUCGAAAAUCCCGUGUCUGGUGAUUUUGUUUUCCUUAAAAAUCAGCCCAAAAUCAAAGUUUUGCAUCCGUAAUUGUGCUCGCAGCAUGCACUAACGUCCGACAUUUGCGACCAACGUGAAAUUGCAACCGGCAGCGAUGUCCCUCUUCCGAAAACCGAAGAAACCGAUCCAGCGACGCGUUUUUACCAGCUACGACGACGAUGACGACGGUGCCACCAAUAAUGGUGUCUCUUCCAGCACUAGUGCUUCCUCACAGCAGCAGCAGCAGCAGGACAAUCGAAUGGAAGUGAACCCAUCACCGCCGCUACCGCCUUCGAUCGGCGACGGUAGCAAACGGUCCUCUUCCUCGUCGUCCUCCAAGAAGGACAAAAAGGACAAGAAAAGUGGCGUCGGUUCAAUGCCCCCCUCGUCAGCGCCCGGUGCGACGUCCAAGGCCACCUCCAAAAUGUCUUUGUUAAGUUUCGACGAUGAAGAGGAAGGUGAAGUGUUCCAGGUGAAAAAGACCUCCCAGAGCAAAAAGGUCAUGAAGUCCAUGGACAAGGAACGCCGCCGCAAACGGCACGCCGAAAAGAAUGGCUCCUCCACCAACGAAGGCUCCAACUACGGCUGUGAUUCGUCAACAAUUUCUGUCAUUCAAUCCGGAAGCACCGCGAAAGAGCGCCAGGAUGAGCCGGAAAAAGAUAAACUAAAAAGGGAAAAGUGUGAAAAUACUAGUUCUAAUAUCCAAACAGAAAUACGCACAGACGACUUUGUGCUUGUGGUUAAAAAAUCCGAUUCGAAUCAGCAGCAGAUUCUGAAUGGCCGGGCGGCUCUGUGUGCCGGCCGGGACGACAUGUCCUCGGAGGAAGAAGAGGAAGACGAAAGCGCCAGCGAGGGCCAUCAUCAUCGGUUCGCGAAGCCGGACAAUUUCAAGAUGUGUCUGGAAAAUGGGGUCAUUCCGGAUGCGGCCAUGAUUCAUGCCGCCCGGAAGCGACGGCAGAAGGCCCGAGAGCAAGGUGACUUUAUUCCGUUGGACGAGGUGAAGGAGGACAAAAGCAAGAAGCGGAUCGUCCGAGAGGAUGGCGCUGGUGAUGGUUCGGACGAAGAUGAUGAUCGAAUCGAUAUGGCGGCUAUUACCGGUGCUAAGGAACGGGAAGAACGGAGGGAGCAGUUUUACUCCGUACAGCGGGAAGAUUCCGCCGAAGAGUCCGACCUGGAAUCGAAGGAAUGGGAAAACCAACAGAUCCGCAAAGGCGUCACCGGAGCGCAGCUGGUUUCCGCCCACCAGGAAUCGGUCAUUUCGCAGUACCUGAUCCAAGGCUUCAGCCAGUCGUAUCUGUCCAACGAAGACGAUACUAGCCUCUCGACGGCUGCCCUUCUGGCGCAAGCCUAUGCAAAAACUUCCGGACUGUCGAAGGCCAACACCAAGGCCGCCUCCGCUGGGCUCAUAUCGCGCGUGGCAACGGCUGGCAAGGAUCAGAAAGCAUCCGGCCCCAGAAUGCCGCGGGAGAUCCUGAAGCAGCUGAGCGAGAAGCUUCAAACGACGAAGGAAUUGAACUACAAGCAUAUCAUCGAUAUCGAGAAGAUCACUCAGGAAGUGCAGGUACUUAAACUGGACCAUCUGCAAAGCGAACAGAAAGCACCGGUUGCGGCAGCCAAGUAUCGGUUCUAUCAGGAAAUCAAGUGCUACGUCAGCGAUCUGGUCGAGUGUUUAGACGAAACGUUGCCCCAAAUAGUGGCACUGGAACAGCGUACCAUCGGAACGAUGGCCAAGUUCUCCAGUAUGCUCAUCGAGCGGAGGCGACAGGAUGUGCGGGAUCAGGCCAAAGAGAUGGCCGAUGCUAACAAGGGCUUCAAACGGCAGCACGACGAUCCGGAUCGAGUUCGCCGGGCAGCGGAACGGGAAGGUCGUCGGACACGUCGACGAAGGGAUCGUGAAAAGAACGAAACAUCCGAAUCCCAUCUGGACGGGAUGUCCAGCGAUGACGAAGUAGCCGACAUUGAAGUGUCCCAGUAUCAAACGUCUCUAAAGGAGGUAGCCCUGGAAGCGAAGCAAGUUUUCGCCGAUGCUGGAGAAGAGUUCUGCGAAGUGGACGAGAUACUGGAAAAGUUCCAAAACUGGCGCGCCGCGGAGAUGGAUUCGUAUAAGGAUGCCUACGUUAGUCUGUGUCUACCGAAGGUUCUGGGUCCGCUGAUUCGGUUGAAGUAUGUCGUUUGGAAUCCGGUCAGCGGAGAAGACGCAAUCGAUUUCGAACGGGAAGCAUGGUAUCGAAAUUGCGUAUUGUACGGUCGACAGCCAGAUGAAACCGAAAGCAGUCUAGCUGAAGAUCCGGACGUUCGCUUGAUACCUACACUUAUUGAGAAAAUCGUUCUUCCUAAACUGACCGUACUGAUUGAACAGGUCUGGGACCCACUGUCUACCACACAGACCUUGAAACUGGUCCGGCUGAUCAAUCGAUUAGGUCGGGAUUAUCCAUCGCUAAGGAGAACCUGCAAACAGUUGCGCCUGCUAUUCCAGGCAAUUCUGGACAAACUGAAGCUAGCAAUCGAUAACGAUGUCUUCAUUCCAGUCUUCCCCAAGCAACUGCAGGAGGCCAAAUCGUCCUUCUUCCAGCGGCAGUUCUGCAGCGGGCUGAAACUGCUUCGCAACAUCACCUGCUGGCAAGGCGUCAUCGCGGAUGGGCCACUGACGGAGCUGGCCAUCGGUUCGCUGCUGAAUCGGUACCUGCUGAAUGGGAUGCGCGUCUGCACCUCGACUGAUGCCAUCAACAAGGCCUCGAUGAUUGUGUACACCCUGCCGCGGGUGUGGCUGACUGCGGGAUCAUCCGUCGUACAGAGCAUGACCCAGUUCAUCGCUAUGCUGCAGCACGUCGCGGCGCAGCUGGAUCCGGCCAACGGAAAUCAUGUGGAACUGAUCGAAAAACUACAGAAGAUAUUAGCUAGCUUGCACGUCGUCUCCUAACCGUUAUUGGCGUAGGGCGUUACUUCUUUUAUCUCACACUGGAUUCUUGGAACCGAUUUUUAGAUAAAGUCUACUAAACUAGCUUAGGAUCUUAAUAAUAUGUAUAAAUUAAUCAAAGACAGCUUUUUCAGAACGAGCUAAGGUUUUUGCAACUGUUAGGAUUAUAUUCAGCAAACUUAAUGAUAGAACAAAAAAUGCAUAUGGCACAUAGUGCUAGAGAGGAACAUUCACUACAGCGCCAAAUGAUCGUCAUCGGUGUAUGUAUGGAGGCACAACGGGCACUUGACUGGAUGGGAGAAAACUAUCAGGUAAGUUAAUAUUUAUAAUUUUAGUCUAAUGAAAUUUUGGUGUCGCGAUUGAUCCUCCUUACAACCAUCGGGGUGCCAUUAUGUGCAAGAAGUGAAGUGUAUCUCUCUCUGCUUGAAGGUUUUCCGGAAAAGGUUCAGUGGUUCCACAAACACUUAUAAAAUCACAAGAACAUGCUGCUACUUUAACAAUUAUGUAGUUUUGAAACGAAAAUAGCAAACCACUUUAACAACAUCUGGAGUCAAAUUUGAUAAAUGUAGCUCAAGUUCAACAGUUUUCUAAAAAAAAAGAAGAAUACACUGUCGAUGCAUUAAUUG